AUGCCGCUCCCAAUCAAGCCGUCUCGCAAGCGAUCUAAAACGGGCUGCCGUACUUGCCGGAUCAAAUGCGACGAAACGCCCGUAGCUUGCCGGAACUGCACCUCAGCCGGUCAACGCUUUGAUGGUUACGACUCCCACAGACUUCCGCCAAAACUCAAGUUAUCGGCAAAGUACAGCCGGAAAUUCCUGGAGCAAAAUGACAUUGAACCCGUUCUGGGGAGCCUCGAUUGGGCGGUGACCUCAGAUGAGCGCCGGAGUUUGUCCUAUUUCCAGUUCCACACCGUGCCAACCCUCCUUGGGUUCUUCGACUCAUUGAUCUGGCAAAAGCUUGUCCUACAGCUGAGUCAAAGCGAACCCCCGGUCUACCAUGCCGUCGUCGCGAUCAGCGCCAUUCAUGAGAACUGUGAAGCCAACGGAAUGCCACUAGCAGCGCCCGCGCCUCAUUCCGACAACCCUUGGCAGCAGUUUGCGCAGGACCAAUUGGCUCGAUCAAUCAAACUUUUGAAUCAGCGCCGAACCUCGCAGGACCCCCGGCUUCGUCAUACGAUCCUGGUUUGCUGUCUAUUGUUUGUUCUGGCGGAUCUGCUUCGCGGAUUCUACGAAAGUGCCUUUAGCCAUCUCCAAAGUGGUCUUUGUAUUCUACGAGACUCGCUGUUUGUCGGUCCACACACCAGUCUAAUUCCACGUCCGCGGACUCUGAAUGAACAAUGUCUGAUCGAGGCCUUUGGGAAUCUCGAUAUCUUAGCUGCGCACUACGAUUGCACCUUCCCUAUUCUUCCUGUCGAGAAACGCUUGAGGUCCACGCCAAGCAACACUCUUCCUCCGUCCUCGUCCUCUGCGACUCAAUUUCAUUCCAUCGCCGAAGCAAGAAUUGCUUUCGAUGCCCUUUUGAGCGAAUCAUACAAGUUCAGCGCCCCCACCAUGGGCAUGACAGAUGAACAAGUAGCAGCCAACUACUCCACUCUACGAAGCCAACAGCAUCAGGUUUGGGGGCAAAUGAACCUAUUCGCCACAUCCUUCCGCCCAUUCUACAAAACAGCACACCGCGAACUCUCCCUAAAAGACCAAAGAAGCGCUGACAUAAUAAAUAUCCAUUUAGUCAGUCUGCCGGUAUGCCUGAAAUCAUGCCUCCUAGGCAAGAACUUCGGCGCACUUGCCGAAUACACUGCUGAAUUGAAACGCGUAUGCGAUCUUGUGGAGGAUCUCAUGGCGAAGUUUCCCGUGCGUCCAUCCUUCACACUAGAGGCAGGCAUUCUCCCGCCCCUCUAUCUGUCAGCCCUAUUGUGCGUCGACUACCGUGUGCGAUGGCGUGCGAUCCAGCUUAUGCGUUCCUGGCCGCACCGUGAGGGUCCAUUUGAUUCCAACUGGCUGGCCUCGCUUGCUGAGGAAUCACUGCGUCUUGAUUUACUUACGCAGUGCACUAACAACGUAACGGAUCAACACACAGACCAGCAGGUUUCACGGAAUGGCUCGAUCUCAGGGCCUGAGAUGCUCCAAAGGCUGUCGGCCAUACGCAAGGAGAAGGUUGACAUGAUGCUGAGAACACGACGGCUGCACCGUGAUGCUGAGUUUGAUGUUUUGGAUGCUGUUGGUCUAGUGGAGGGGAUGGGUAGUUUGUCCUGUGUGCGGGCUUUCACUUCUGCCACGUCUAAAUUUGCCAGUUGGCAUUAG